AUGUUGCUUUACCUUGACAUUUGUCCAGAGUUUGUUAAAUUGUGGUGUGUGGGGGUGUGGCCUUGCCUCUCCAGGCCUGUGAUCUUGGCUGCAGUCUUCAUUCCCAGCCUGGGCGUUGUAGCACAAGCAUGAGUGGACAAGUUGGAGAUUUGAGCCCGAAGCAGGCUUAUGCAUUAACACAGUUUCGGGUCAGGAUCCAGGACAUCCUUCCUGACCUUCCAGCCCAGCAUGACCAAUACUUGUUACGCUGGCUUCGAGGUAAGACACGCACAUGCGAGCAGACGCUCGUGCGCGUGGACCUUGAACGGUGGUAAGAUAAGAAGAGAUCGAUGAAAGAUCAGAAACGCAGCCUGGUUUGAUUGAGGACAUUAAAAGCUCAUCAAAACUUACAUUUAUGCAUUCCCACAUUGUGUGAGCAUUUGGCAGCAAAUAUGAGGUGGAAGAAAAAGGCUAAAAAUUCAGCAGAGAAGUAGGGGAGACUGGGGGCAGUUGCACAAGCCUUAUUUGUCAAAUCAGUAACAUGCUCAGACCCUCUACUCGCCAAGAAGAAAGCGGCCAUAUUGCGCAUCUGGUCCAGCUUCUAUCAAGACAAAGUUGUUUUGGAGCUAGAAGCUUCCAUGUUGCCAAAGCUGAAGCCAUGAUCAGGAAGCACAUUGACUUCAGGAGGAACAUGAAGGUGGACACCAUCAUCUCUGACUGGACGCCUCCUGAGGUGAUUCGGAGGUACGUAUCCGGGGGCAUGUGCGGCUACGACAAGGAGGGAAGUCCAAUCUGGUACGAUGUGAUCGGCCCACUGGAUCCCAAAGGUCUCCUGAUGUCGGCCACCAAGCAGGACUUCAUGAGGACAAAGAUCCGAAACAUCGAGAUGCUGCAGAGGGAAUGUCGGCACCAGUCCAACAAGUUGGGCAGGAACGUGGAGUCCGUCACGCUCAUCUACGACUGCGAGGGGCUCGGUCUCAAGCACCUGUGGAAACCCGCCAUUGAGACCUACGGCGAGAUCCUCACCAUGUUUGAGGAGAACUAUCCAGAGGGGCUCAAGAGGGUUUUUCUCAUCAAAGCUCCCAGACUGUUUCCGAUGGCAUACAACCUGAUCAAGCACUUCCUGUGCGAGGAGACCAGACGCAAACUCAUCGUGCUCGGAGGUAACUGGCAGGAAGUGCUGCGUAAACAUGUCGAUGCCGAGCAGCUUCCCGUCGCGUAUGGAGGAACGCGAACUGAUCCGGAUGGAGACCCUCGCUGCAGAACCAUGAUCAAUUAUGGCGGCACAGUGCCGAGGUCGUACUACGUGCAGAACUUUAUCAAGGCCCAGUAUGACACCAGCGUCACCAUCAGCCGCGGCGCCGUCUUGCAGCUGGACUACCACGUCAGCGCCCCCUGCAGCCUUCUGAGGUGGCAGUUCUCCAGCGAUGGCGCCGACAUUGGCUUCGGUGUUUACAAACGUACAGAAGAGGGCAGCGAGCAGAAGGUGGCAGCCAUGUUGGAGGUUGUCCCCAGUGAACGUUACAACGCUCACCUAGUACCCGAGGACAACAUGAUCACCUGUGCUGAACCUGGAAUGUCUACAGUAUCCUUCAGUCCAAGAGGGUCAGCUACAAGGUGGAGGUGCUUCCUCCUUCACUGUGAGCACAUACGGCCAGACCGGACCAGACUGACACCAACAUGAAGAAGAAGACGCAAAACCUCUCUUGCCUCUGGUCACAAACUUCCAUCUUUAUUAUUCCACUGUGAACGUGUUUUUUAUAUAUAUAUAUAUAUAUAUAUAUAUAUAUAUAUACAUAAAUUUAUUUAAUUUUUUAUUAUUAGUUUGCAAUAAAUAUUUGUUUCAUUUAAUUGGAUGACCAAACUUGAUCACAUUUAACGAUAUACGUAUUAAUAAAGCUACGCUUUUACCGCGAGAUGCUCCUUUAAAGAGUAACGCAUACAGAUGACCGCUUGGGGGUGUUGUAGGCGAUGCUAAUAGUGUACACCGUGCACUAUUACACAACACUGCAAACAUGCUAACUAAACACUUAAGAUGGACCACUCUGCCCAUAUUUAAGUCAACAUCACGCAUCCUGUAGAGGGAAGGGGAGCCAAAGGAUGCUGCAGGAUAGGGGUGGUGGGGGUGUCAGUGUUGUUACAUAACAGCCGGGGUGUCUGACGCACUGCCAGUGUGUUAUUUACCGGCAAUACGUCAUCGUUUAAAAAGUACCCGGAAGUGUACUUCAAGGGCGCGAUCUCAUUUGUCCCAAAAAUGAACCGGAUACGAGUUUGGCUGCAAUUUAGCAUUUUAUGGCGGUUUAAUGUGUUCAGCCAACUGAACAAUAUACUACUGGAAGGGGCGUCCCUACUGACCGCAUGAAGCCAUUGGUCGGCCAUCUUGCUUCACCAAUAAAAGCACACACGCAUACACAUACAUGUAUCUUCCUUCACUACAUUUAUUAUGUUUCGGUAUAAAAAAUAACACGAAUUAACAAAAAUUCCAUUGAAACAGACUAAAUUUACUAGACCAAAAUCUCAAAAUGUCCCUCCAGUUGAAGUUGUUUCCUACCUCUAUGGUGUGAAAUUACAAUGCAUAACAAGUCAAUUUCAGUGUUCACAAGGUAUUUGUUACGAUAAGGAUCUACGUAGUAUCAAAGUUAAAUGCUAGCAUACCUUUAGAAGAUGAUCAGGAAAGUCAAAUAUUGUUGGAACUGCAUUUUGUCCUAAUCUAACAGUCUGGCCGGUCCUGUCCAAGUUCUCCUCGGUGAAAUGACUUGAACAGAGUUGCGAUCUGGCUGCAGGAAUCCACCUGUCUCUCCGCAUAUUUACUACCCAUUGCUUUAGAAGUUGAACAUUGCAGUGUGGAAAUCUAAAGGAGAAUAAGGGCUCAUUUACAACUACUUAGAUGCCAACCGCCAUAAUACAGAUGAAGAAGACAUUUGUAGACGGUCUCUGCGCUCCGGUCUCGCUGCGGGCUUCUCACAGAGAUCAAUAUAAGUCAGACUGCACAGAACACGGCUCGUUUUGAUAAAAACUGGGUUAUAGCUGUUUGUGUUGCCACGGUUGGGAAGAGGUAAGGUUUGCUGUGUUAGAGCCAUUCACUUGGGAGUUAUUGAUCCCGGAACUGUGAAUAUGUCAAUAUGUUUCCAUCUUUACCACAGUCGCUUUUGCGUUCCCUCGCAAAACAGUUUUGCGUUAUCUCGCAAAAGUUUUUUUUUCAUAUUUUUUUUCUCCAUGUCCCCUCCGGGGCUCCGUAAUAAGCAUUUAUCUACCUGUGAAAUAUAAGUCCCUUCUCGCGAUUUUCACGAGUAUCACGAUUUGUGCAAUUAAUAGCAGCACAAGACGGCAUCUCGAACUCCUCUUAGGUGUUAGGCUUUCUUGUUUUGGGUGAAACAACAUGGCGACUUCAGGCCUCCAAUGCGCAGCAAGCGAUCGGGGCCAUUCCAGUUAGAGUUCAGUGGUUCAGCCGUUGUAUUUUUAACACUAGUUGUCUACGAGUGAUGGGCAGAUGAGGCAUCACGUAGUGACACACUGUAUUGACACUGUUGUUGAAUACUGACACCUGGUGGACUUAAAAAAUCCCUGCAGGAAACAUAGUUGACAGACUCAACUGACUCUGAUUUGAUGACCUAUUGCACACGUGUCAAACUCGUGCCCUGGAGGGCCGAGACGCUGCAGGUUUUCUCUCCAACCAGUUUCUUCAGCAGGUGAUUUAAUUGAUGAGCUCCUUCCCUCAAACUGAAGGUGUUGAUCAUUAAAAUCACCUGCUUUAGUGACUGGCUGGAAAGAAAACCUGCAGUGUCUCGGCCCUCCAUGGCACCAGUUUGACACCCCUGACCUAUUGUUUCCAAUACCGCCAUUUAUGCAUUUGCAUUCACAUUUUCUUGUUCCAUAUAUGUAAUUUAAUUAAAAAUCCUCUUUGAUAUUUGAGACACACUUGAUAAAUUAAGUGAACAUCUGUCAUAAUGUCAACACCUCAGUGAAAGUGCUGUGAAUGAUAAUGACAAUGGACUCAUUGCUUAAUGAUUUUUAUUCAAAAAAUUAGUUUCUCCAGUGUUUUGUAAUUCAGUCUAUUUCGUUUCUUUGACGCAGUUUCUCCUGCUUUGGGGAAUAUGCGUUCGCAAGGCACAGAAGAAGCUGGUGUGCAUAGAAACUGCUGCACAAAUGUGACAUUUUACCUGCAAAAAAAAUAUGAAUAAUAAACUAAGUUAUUUUGAAAAUAAUUUCACUAGAACAGAAUAUUUGGAAAGUAUGACAAGAACUGGGUAAAAUGAGGAGAUCGAUAUAAAUACUGGACCUUAUUUUCCGGCAGAAGGUCAAAAUGAUCCCACACAGCAGAAAAUUCACGUUUUCCAUGGAAGUCCUCCAUCUUUGACCGCAAUAUUCGCCAAGCAAUGAACGCGUAACUAACUCGAUGCUCGUUUUGCGCUUCCAUCCUAUUGACAGAUGCGCUUCCUUUUAAACAGUUUGGCGCUCGACUGCCGACAUUGGUCACGUGACUAUCUUAAAGCUAUACGCGCACCGACACGGGGUUAGCCCUAGCACGCAUCGGCGCACGCAUCUGCGCAUCUGUGUCGCUGGACCCAUCACAAUUGUCUACUGUUGUACGUGCGUUGACGAAAAGACGUCACGAUAUGUCUUCCUUAGCUGGAAGCUACACAAGUUAGCAAACAGCCGAAACUAGCAUGAAUGAGUACCUGCAGCUAGUAAAUGUACUUUAUAAGUCCGGUGAGCUAAGCUACUGCGCUAACUUUGCUGUUGUCAGAAGACUUAACUAUUUUGGACAAUUACUUGUAUUCCUUUCGUCCUGUGAUGUAAAUCGAAGUACAAACUUCAGUGCAACUAGCACGGUUAGGUAGCUAUUGCUAGUAGAGUUCCUCACCGCUCACGAGUAGACCCUUAAAAGUGUUUCUCAUGAGUUGCAGUGCGGUUGAAAUUGACAUGGUAAGUUAUUACGCUGCUUUUGUACAUGAGGGACUUAACUCUUGAUUAUUGAUUAGUUUAAAAGUGUGGUGCUGGAAUUGAUUACGCAGGAGGAAAAACCUACAGGAGCACCACUGUGUGUUUAGAUUACUUAUACUUUGUUAAUUCACGGACUUUUGAACAGCAUUGUAUGGUUUGUCACUUAACAUGAAGAAUAAAACUUUUUUGUGAGAUCACCUGAUGUGUAU